GUGAUUAGGUUUACGGAAAAGGCGGUAGAAUGGUGCAGCGCUGCGAAAUCCGCUUCGACGACAAUCCUCAAGGAAUCUACCAAGGCGGGCAAACGCUGUCCGGCUCCGUAGAGCUGCACUUGGAUAAACCGAAGCUGGUGAAUGAUUUCAGAUUAGUAAUUUCGGGAUGCGCCGAAGUAAAGUGGACUGAAAGAAAAGGCAGGAAUAGUAAGGUGACCUACAGCGGGAAGGAGGAACUACUGCGUGCAGAGACCAGCCUAAUUCCGCAAAGCUAUGGCAACACUGAGAUACCGGCCGGGAUACACGUGUACAACUUCUCCAGUCCAAUCCCAACGGAAGUUCCUACUUCGUUCGAAGGAGAUUACGGGAAAAUUCGAUACACUGUUCGAGCCAUCCUUGAUCGUCCAUGGAAAUUCGACCAAACGAGUACCGCUGCCUUUACAGUGUUGAAACCAUUGGACCUCAACCAACACAUUCUCACGUUGAAAGAGUGCAGAAAGGAAAAACGAACCAAAACCUUCUGCUGUUGGCUUUGCUUGUCUAGCCCACUGUACGUCGGUGUUGAACUACCGGUGACCGGAUAUGUUCCAGGUCAGAAAAUACCCAUCACAGUUGCACUCAACAACACAAGCAGUGUUGAAGUUAUCGGUAUCAAAAGUAAGUUAGAACGGAAGGUGUCUUACAUCAGCGAAUUUCCACGAGAAAAAACUCGUGUUGUCGAUGAAAGGCUGGCCAGCGUGUGGACAACUGUGAGAAACGAUAAAUCAGCUCAAUAUACACAGGAGCUCAAAGUUCCUUCCGUCGCCCCUACUGGGAAAUGUUCCGUUCUUGUCAUAGACUACGUGCUCGUGGUAAAAGUCCAUGUGGACGGAUGUCACAGCAACCCUGAAAUUGAAAUUCCCAUCACCAUCGGAACCAUCCCGUUUACGUUACCACCGACGACGGCUGAACCAAAUGUCGAUCAAAUUGGAUGGACCCUUGCGUUACCAUUACCAACGGCGCCGGAAUCGCCCGGUACGGAUAACAUCUUACCACCCAGCUACGGUGGAACGGCUGUGAAUGUCAACGAUAACGAGCCAACCGCCAUCGGUUUUCAGGCGUUAUUUCCAAGGAACCCGGUGUUGUACAAGUUCGACAGUUGUGCCAAGUGGAACUGAAUUAUUUGCAUACCUUCCAACGAUCUAAUAAUAUACAGUGAAGACCGGUGCUACAAACACAAAACGAGUAUGAGAGAACUAACUAUGAAGUUCCAAAAUUCAGUUCUGUCACUCCUGUUGAGGCACGUUGGUCCUAAAGAGACUCAAUUCGGUAAAGAGGCGACAUCUUAUCCGGUUGACAGGUCUUCUGCUCGAUUGGAAUAACUUUUCCUAUGACUUUGACAGAUAAUCGAUUGUUCCAAUUUUGACAUGUAUCUUUAUAAAUUCAGCCCCUUUAGUUGGUCCCUACCCAGGUGUGGAAGCCACUUCCCUGGCAUUCAACUGUCGUCAAGAUAACACUGCACGCAAUUGGCAAAUCAAAGCUGGCACUCGUGGAGAAUAGACAAACUAUUAGCGAAUUUGUUUAUUAUCGGGGUUGGAGCCGAACUUUUUGUCAGUGCGAACCUCAACCUGAGUUAGGUUUUUAAAAACAAACGAUCAAACUGACGUUUUUCAGAAAACAAGCAGACCCAAUCUUGAUACACGAUCCAGGUUGGAACUGAAUAAUAAACAAAUUCGCUAUAUGAAAGUGAUGAUGGUUUCAAAAUUUUUCACGGAGAGGUAUACGAGUGCUAUCUUAAAAUGCUUUUAUUUUGCAAAUGAAGCAUUUUAUUUAAAUCUGGUUGUUGGCUACAGUGGUAGAAAAACUGAAAUCUAUGUAUACACCUACAAAUCUGAAAAGAAAUUAUUUUUUCUAUAUUAUAUAUAUAUAUAUAUUGAGUAGUCCUUAAGAGUUUUCUACUAACGUAGCAUUAACCAGAUUUAAAUAAAAUGCUUAUUUUGCAAAAUAAAAGCAUUUUAAGUUUGAACUCGUAUACCUCACCGUGUCAACUGUCAAAAUUGACGGGCGAGGAAAAGGGACGGAGAGAUUUCGGUUAGGGUUCGCACAGUGCUCAAUUAAUGGUAAUCGAUGUACGUUGAUGAUUGACAUUGGACUGCGGAACAGAGACCAACUUUAAUUAAACGAAUUAAGAAAAAGAUGUCGAGGAUGCAGGUUGUACCUCUGUGUCAGUCACGCUGUCGACAGUUUAUUUUCUCGAGUAGCUAUCGUGCGCAUUGUUCUUGACUGCAGCUCGGUGAUAAUUUAUUGUUUGCGUCGCCGUUGGAAGCACACUACUGCUGGUAAUGAGUAGUACAGAAACAAAGCAUAUAGCAUCUAUUUCCAAAGUAUGGACUUUGAAAAUUGAUGUGGCGUGACCCACCUGGGCCGAGAUUGCUAAUUUAAUCAAGACACUUGAUGCGAACGGUGCUGAAAUGAAAGCAUCAUAUCGGAUAUCGGAGGAGAAAUCGGAUUUUAUUAAGUUUAAGUCGGAGGAUUCUAUGCUAUCCCGCAUAAACAAUAACCAUAAGAAGCGCCUAACCACCAAUUCGGAAUAUCAUCCCAACUUUAUGUAGUAUGCUCGCACCAUCUAUGAUAUCGUUAGUGUAUGGUACCCGUUUAUUAGGGAUAUGCUUUCCGGAACAACAGUGAUGAAUGAAUUUUCGUCAGGUUGAAGGUUCGUAUUUCGCCUGCGGGAGGUAAAAUGCAAUACGUGCGGAUAUGCCAUGAUAUAGCGAUGGUGCUGGGGAAGUACGGUAAAGUUGAGCGUGUUAUCUGGGAGAAAAUUCCUGCGGCGCUGGGUCUCGACAUGCACACCAGUGUACGAUGGCAUCGGAUGAAUUCCUACCCCCAGUGGAAGUCUCGCAAACAGCCAGCAAAGCGACAAACCGAUGACAAACUAGACGAAGAACUUAGCGGUAGCACAUACGCAGGGGUGUUAAUGGGAGAUGUACCGUUCGAUAGCAACAACAAUGAAAAAGACGAAGUGGUUGAGGUGCUUGAAGAAGAGGUGAUGGAAAUAGAAGAUGUGACAGAAACCAGUACCGAAACAAAGAGAACUACAAACAAGUUUUGGAAGCAAAACCAAAAUGAGGAGGAAGCCAAGCGUUUGGCUUCGGAAAAACAGAAGAGAAAGGAGUUGCGGGCACAGGAGAAAGCAGAAAUAAAUGGUAACUCGCCUCUUAGGAAGAACAAGCAGAACUUACCACAAGUCCCCUCCGACACGGCUUCGGAUUAGUGUAUGCCGUAAAUAAAUUGUAAGAUAAUUAUAAUUUUCCUCGGCUCCGUAGAGUCGCUUAAGACAUUUGAGUCUACCAAAUAAACGAUUCCAAAAUUUU